CGUGUCCAUUUCUCCCCUAAUAUAAUAUCUUUGCUUCUAUCUUCCUCUCCAUUUAGUUACUGAUGUAUUUGGGUAGGAAGAAGCCGAGUUCAGAGCAUGCAGCCCACAUCAAGAGGUUCCUUAACAUGAACAACGAGCCACUGAGGAGGCUAAAGGCACUUAGGAAUGGACUGGAUAAAGUAUCAGUUGGUGAGUGUAAGCAGAUUCUAUCAGAAUAUUCAGCAGCUGCUUUUUACGUGUUCCAUUCCUCGUUCACUAUGAUGGAGUCACAGAUCAGAGAGAGGGUUUCAAAAGGGAGAGCCAUUAGUGACCAGUUGAGAGAAAUGAUGGAAGUUAUAUUACCAUCACUUGAGAGGCUGAUUAUACUAUUGCCCGAACUAGUACAACAGAAGUGGCAGUACAACUCAAUAUGUCUUAUAAUUAGGAAGUUACUUCAUCCUGACAACACAAUAGAGUUGAGACAAUAUGGUAUCAAGCUGAUAGUCCUCUGGUUGCAGUCCUUACAAGAUAAAGCAGGAGACGCUUGUAUUGAGCUAUUGGCCUCGGCCAUCCCUCACUUCCCUCCCAAGAAGACACCACUGGGACUACCCAUGGAGACCACACCCCUAACCACACCCUCAUCAUCACACUCACUCUGCGAGAGAUACGGGCGGUAUUCAAGUAACGAGACACCUCCUGAUCGCCAUGACUGGGUAUCGACGAGGAUUAUUCAGCCGUUAUGUGUGGCACAGAAUGUAUCGUCAGAUCCAGCUCUUUCACUAAUGGAGUACCUACUGACCACACUUACCACUCAAGUUGGUAGAUUAAAAUGGACUGAUCCUGCUAAUCACGCCAAAGGUUUCUCGUUUUUAUUCUUUCAGUUUAAGUUGUUUUACCUGGUCUGCCUCUACAAGAACUUCAGAUCUGAUGCCGGACUCUAUUCACCAAUACCUCCUCCUACCAUUAAACUACCUUCUGUCAAUAUGGUGAGUCCUCCUGCCCCUCCAGCUAUCAAGAGGAGUGAUGAGUCUGUGGGGGUGUGGCAGAAACAGCCGGCCAGCUCUAAGCAUGCGUCAAGCGUUAGUGCAGUCAUCAAGUUGGACUAUGACACAUCUGAUCCAAUUUAUGAUACGCUCAGGCAGCUGAUACUGAAAUUUGUAUUGAAAUGGAUAAUGCCAGGUUUCCACAGUAACAGGCCUGGCAGUAUACAGCCUAAAGUAGCUAGCCCCAGUCCAGCUCUGGCCAGCAGUGAUCAGUCCUUCACUCCAGAGCCACAGGAGAUGAUGAGGGAGAUGUGGCUAUCAUCUCGUGACAAUGUCAACCUUCUCUUUGAGAUAUGUCAUCAAGCUUUUCAUCUGCCGUUGUCUCAUCCAGGAGUUGUUAAUAAACUAACUGAAUUAUACUCAUCAUGGGUGCAGGAUUCCAAUAAGCCGUUGUUUAUGGAGGCUCCUGCUCCUCCCAUUAUCGUAUCAUCACUUCCUGUCAGUCCAACCCCUCCCCCCGCCCCCUCACUCUCAGUCCUCCCGUGGGAGGCCAUCAGUGGGUAUAGUAAAUUUGACAGAUCUGAUGUGAGAGCUGGUCUCCAGUCCUCAUUAAAGAUGUUUAUAGCGCACACAAGUCAACUCUUCUUACACCAGCAGUCUGGUAGCAACGGGCAUCAAUUAGAGAUACAGGUAGACAGCGGUCGUAGGAUAUUGAAGUUAUACCAAGAGAUUGUGCAACAAUGGACACUGGACGGUGAAACGUGGUUGUACUUAUUGUCAGUAUUGCUACAUUUAACGAUAACAUUAUUGUAUGAUGAGUCAUCCCCUCCUCCUGAGAACAGGGACACUAGUCUAGGAGGAAGCAUAGCUGACCAGCUGCUACAAACUCUGCUGGUAUCAUAUGUCAGGUGUUCAAUGGUAAUGCUCAUUCCUAGUGAUUACUGGAACAACCUCUGGUCAGUGCUGUCAUCAUUGACCCAGUGGAAAGAAGUCAUCGCUCAAUGGAAAGAUGUAAUGCGUAACACCACUCACUGCCUGUCAAGAGUAGUGUAUCAAAUUGAUUUAGACCACCUCCCACUGAACCACAUAUCGGACACCCAUCGUCCACGGACCCGUACCACGGGCUCAGCGGGUGAAUGGUCUCGUAAGAAAUCCUUCUCAGAGUACAGGCCACUCCCCCCUCAGCUAUCCCAUAGCUCAAUUGACAUCCCAUCAACGAUAGACUCUGUCCCAAUCAACCGAAGGCUAGUGAAAGCAAGUACGUACGACAUGACAACAAAUAGUGUUUCCUCUCUGACCCCUCCUAAUAAUAUUGAUAAGAACAGACGCUCCUCCUCACCAGCAGUACCUCGAUCAGCAACAGGAAGAGGAGGAGGAGGAGGAGGAGGUGGUGGAGGGGAUAAAACAGGUAGUACUUCGUUAUCACCUCUGGGUGGAGUAGGGGGCGAAGCCAAGCGUAUAUUCAGUAAAGAGUUGACUAUACUAGAAGAUGAGGAUAGUCAGACUGAUACCACUACUGGUGGACUUGAUGAAGCUGUUAGUGGAGCUAGCCUCUACGAUGAAGAAGUGGGCGUGUCCGAUUAUAAAGAGACUCCGUCCACUAAUAUUUUAUCCAGUAGAGGCUCGUCUCCUAUUGAUACUGCCCCUGCUAGCAGUGACUCUGUUUUGAUUGUUAAUUCUCAUACUAAUCUAUCCCCGGAACCAAUAGAUCACACCCAGUUGGUCUCAAUUAACGUGACCACGCCCUCCGGCGGUAAUAUAAUUAACGAGGAGGGCGGGGCUGAUCCAAACCAGUUAACUGAGGCAGUGUCUCUAGUUAUAUCUAAUGAGGAUGUGUCGAGCGAGAGUGAGUCCCACACUCCAGAUCAGACCCUUCAUUCAACACUCCCUGAGCAACCUAUUCCUAUUUCAUUCUCAUCUCCGGUAAAGGACCAGGCCCCGCCUAGUCAGUCACACCCUCUCCGGCGAUCCAAUAGCGAUAGCACAGCAGCUCGUCCCGUUUUUCGUAGACAAGACUGCGCUAGAUCAACUUCAAGAUCGAGAUCGCCUGAUCCUCGCUACUCUGUCGAGCGAGACCACACCUCCUCUGACCGCGUCUCCUCUGAUCACACUCCCUCAGGUACCACUCAAUCUACUUGCUCUGAGUCCUCGUUCAAUCAGUAUAUUCCUGAGCAGAAACCACGAGCUCCUAUUACAUGGUUACAAACCAGUCACACUCCCUUGGCACCGAUUGCACAUGUGAAGUCAGAGCCCAGUCCUACAAUGUUAGUUCAUGGUUCCACUUCCCCGGAUAGACCACUCCCUCCACAAGUAGCAGAGGGUGAGGGUAAAUGGACUAACGUCUCGGUCUCUCUUGUAUGGGAGUGCAUGCUAAGGAUAUUAGGAGAUAUCAAUAAAAUAGAAUCAAACAUAAAUCACUCACUGGCUCUACACUGCAUAGCUGAAGUAUGGAGCAGAUUAGAAGAGAUUGAGUCUAAUCUAGGUAUAUCAUUAGAUAAUAAAGUCACUCCUACUCUACCUCCAUACAUGCCUCCAUUACAAGUAUUCCUCCCUUGGGUCAUAAAGGCCUGUAGUUUGCCUCACAACUAUCAGGAAGGUCGCAAGUUAGCCUACCAGCUCCUGUGUGACAUGAUAUUGAGACACUCUGACUCUUCCAAAGUAUCACAGGCAGUUCUCCCUCACUUUUACAGACUAGUACACACUGGACUCCAGCCAAUAUCUGAUGUUAUUAAUGUGACUGUUAAGAAUGGAUCCCAUCUGCUCUCCUAUGGGCUGUCUGGCUCCUCCAUUUUAUUGCACGAUAUUCUUGUGGGAUGCUCUCACUUGCUGAACAGCAAAGCAACAGAAGUGCCUAGAUUAGAGACAAUGUCCCUAUUAGGCUCCAUGUACUACAUAUUGAGACAGUACUCCAGUACAGCACUACCAGUUCCAGUCUCAGGAGGAGACACUGUACUAGGAGAACACCUCAAAGAGAAGCUGAUAUCUACAUUAUACAAUUCUGCCACUAAGGAGAGCAACAGACAGUCCAGGAUACUCGCCUUGUAUCAGGUUGGUAUGAUGGUGUACUCGGAACUGACCUCGCCCACUUCCUCCACCCCCUCGUCAUCGUCUAGCCACACCCACUCUGCUCCUAAACCCUCUAAACUUGUUCCCGAAGGCAUCGAUAUCCUACUAGCAACUUUAAAAUUUCCGGAUAGUUCUCUCUCUCUCAGUUCUUUGGACAUGCUGACUUUAUUAGCUGAAGGGGGCGGGGCCUCUCAACAAUUGAAGUCUCACUUUCCCUCGUAUGUGUUGAGACUAAUUAAAGGACUAACUUCUGCUUGCGCUCACCUCCUCUCUAGUUCCUUGAGAAAAAAUAAAGUUAUUAUAUCAACGUUAUUAUGUUUGCGUGAUUGGUUAAUGUCUCUCUCAAUUAACGACAAUGUUGAUUCUACCUUAUUACCCGAGGCGGCUCUAAAAGAUGUGUUCAAGGUGGUGUAUGCAGCUGCUAAUAUCCACGAGGAUACACUAGAGCUGGACAGUAUAUCGUCUCCUGUCAAUCUCUCCCUCGGGCCAUUGGAUGUUCCACCAUCACGAUCCGGCAAAUCGACCAAGACCAGACACGAGAAUGAAGGAGGAGACAGUGAAGAUAUAACAAUAGUAGCGAGAUCGGUACUGUCACAUUUAAUGAAUUUCUUGUGUCAUUAUCCGUUCAUGAGUGGUGCUGCCUGUCUCUCCUCUACUGUCUGUUCGUAUCAUGACUCUCCUAGUCUGCAGUAUCUUGAUGAACUGUCAAUAGAAAUAUUCGACUCGCCGCGAGUUCAAUUUUUCUCCAUUAAUGGUAAUGCCAUAUUAGCUGUGGUUGAGAUACCAGCACAAUCUAAAGGGUUACCCAUAAACACAGCUAGUUCUAAUUAUCAGUGUAGACUGAUACUGAGAGACAUUACUGGCAAGUAUUGCUGGGAUGCCAGUAUACUACACGGCAGUAGAGACACAGUCAAUAAUAAUGAAGAUAUUAUUGAUUCCAGUGGUUCUCUCCCAUUGAUCAAGGAGGCAGAGAGUUAUGACUCUCUCCUCUCAUUAUCAGAGGACACUGACCACUCCUCUCCUUUAUCCUCUCGGCUCCACCCCUCUCUCUCCGACCCUCUUAUCCCUCCCUCCUGGGUGACCACGCCUACCACCUCAGGAACUGACCUACUCAACGAGUUACUCGUACAUGUCGAGACGACCAGUCCAGAGUGUUUGUUAUUCCCUGGGGUUGGUCUGGCAGAGCCCGCCCCAUCGUGUGACGAGCCCACGGGUCCAAUUGGGUCCCUGCUUGAGAACCUGUUGGAAUCUCAGUACCAGAAUGAGUUAGACCAUCAGAUCAGAGUGGAGUCAUUGCCAUGUAUGCAUUGUCAAACAGUCACUGAACCCGAGGCCCUUCCCUCCUCGUUCCCAUUCUAUUAUUGUCGUCUCUUUUUAUCUCACACAGGAUACAUGUCAUGGCAGAAACGGAAUAAUAUUGAGUUGAUUGAGAAGACUGAACAAUUAGUGAGGGAAUUGAAGCACUUAGACUCAACACAGGCUCAGUGUCGGCAAACUUAUAAAGUUGCCGUAUUAUAUGUAGCGAAUGGCCAAGAAGACAAAGCAUCUAUUCUUAGUAAUGCUAAAGGAAGUCAUGAUUUUGAAGAAUUUGUGUCUGGCCUGGGCUGGGAAGUUGAUAUGAGGACUCAUCAAGGAUAUGCAGGUGGUCUGAGUAGCAGUUAUACAGCUGGUAUAUCAAUGACUUAUUUUGCCUCUUCUACUGAAGAGAUACUUUUCCAUGUAUCUACUAGAAUGCCAGCAACAUCUGGCACUGAUUUCGAUCAUAAAGUAAGACAUUUAGGAAAUGACGAAGUACACAUAGUGUGGAGUGAGCACUGGAGAGACUACAGACGCUCUAUAUUAAAGACACAAUUUGCUGACGUCCUACUAAUAAUAUACCCACUGCCCAAUGGACUGUACAGGAUACAAAUAGACAAGAAGAAUAAUAUUCAGUUUGGCCCUCUGUAUGAUGGUAUAGUAGUUGAUGGCUCUAGCCUCUCUCACCUAGUGAGGGCAACGGCCAUUAAUGCAUUGAGAGUAAUGAGGACACCUUUGUUCAUGUACAGAGGAAAAUAUGAGGACAGAUGGAAGUAUAUACAGUCCGUUACCUCGAGAACUGUUCCCUCUACUUACGAGGAUUUCAUACAAAGCGUUAUACACCCUCAGGCUAAAGCCACCCCUACCCACCCACCACUCAAGCUUGUGCUAUCGGCGACUUCGACGCAGCAAAACGAGUUAAGCUCUAACCGUCUUUCUACUCCACCUCCCCUCCUCUCCUCUCUUGAAACAAGAUGGACUCUGGGUUCAUUUGAGCCUAGUCAUCAACCGACCAAUAAUGAAGAUAUGGAUGAAUGUCCUAAUUCACAGACUCAAACUGAUCAUAUACUGCCAGUAGGAGAAGAACUAAGUCUAGAAGGCUCAUUAGGCUGUCAUGACAAUGUUACUAUUGAUACUAACCCUCAGACAUGAUAAGGGAGGGGAGAGAGGAAGAGGGGGAGGAGGUCUACCAUGCAUUGACUAUUUAUCACUAGCAUUCCACAUUUAACAGCAGUUACAAUCAUCAUCAUCAACUUUAUUAUUAUUAACUCUCUGUCAUUAAUUAAUUUUUAGCAAAUGUAAUAAUAAUAAUAAUAGUGAUAUCGUGUAUAAUAGUAAUGAUGGUAAUAUUGUGUUACUGACUUACUACAAUACUACACAAAAAUACCACAAAAACCCUUUAA